AUUGUAGCAGAAGGGUCCAGCCCUCUCAAUAUGUCUUAUUGGUUCAGCCCCAACAAUCGAUCUGUCGGUUUAGGGAGUCUGGGGACCUCUUAGGGUGUGCUACUCUGAUUCACCACAGAUUUUGCCAGUCUAUCUCUUCUGGCCAUUAGUUGGCCACAACUCUCUGUCUCUGUCCGAAUUUUAAUAUUAUUUCAAAUACCUUCAAUUCCUCUUCUUAUCAACCUUCAAGGUUAUUCUUGAACAAUGGCUAACAUUAAACUUUGCAACUUACUCUCGCUACUCUUCGCUAUACUGCUUUCUGCAUUUGUGAUACAAGGGUUUAGAGCUCAAAUAGCACUUCCUUAUAAUCGGAGGUUCUCUGAUUCCUCUCCAUCUCAUUUGAAGGGAAGCAAUGAAGAAAAGAUAAGCAGGAAUUCAAGAAGAUUGAUGAUUGGAUCAACAGCACCAACUUGCACUUACAAUGAAUGUAGAGGUUGCAAAUACAAGUGCAGAGCCGAACAAGUUCCAGUCGAAGGAAACGAUCCAAUCAACAGUUCAUACCACUACAAAUGUGUUUGUCAUAGGUAAUAAUUCUAUCAGAAAAUUAAUAUUAUUGUAAGGUCCGCUGCUGACCUGCAGCGUGUAGUUUUGAAUCAUAUUGUUGUGGAGUAGAUUGUCUGUUGAAUUAGUCACAGGAGUAUCCAUAUUUGCUGUGUAGUCUCCAUCUGGGGCGCAUCAAUUUUCAGCUCUUCGAUUACAAAGCAACUCUCAUGGCGAAAAUCAAUUGAAUUUUACACUCUUGUUGCUCUU